AUGGGUAUUUCUCGUGACGCUCUCCACAAACAUAGACUUACAGGUGCUGCCCGUAAAUGUAACUACAAAAAGAGAAAGUAUGAGUUAGGUAGACAAGCUGCCAAAACAAAGAUUUGCUCUCAAGGUGAAGAAAAGCGUGUUAGAUCAAUCAGAGUUCGUGGUGGUCACCAAAAAUUCAGAGCCUUAAGACUCGAUACUGGUAAUUUCUCAUGGGCCACCGAAAAGAUCACCCGUAAAUGUCGUAUCCUUAACGUCGUUUACAAUGCCACCUCUAACGAUUUAGUCCGUACCAAUACCCUCGUUAAAGGUUCAAUCGUCCAAAUUGAUGCCACCCCAUACAAACAAUGGUAUGAAACUCACUACGGUGUUGUUGUUGGUAAAAAGAAAUCCGCCAAAAAGGACGGUGAAGCUGAACAAGUUGUCAAGAAAUCCGCUUCUCUCCUUGCCAAACUUGCCUCAAGAGCUAAGGGUAGAGUUUUAGAUUCAGCCAUCGAAUCACAAAUCGGUGAAGGUCGUUUCUUUGCUCGUAUCACCUCAAGACCAGGUCAAGUCGGUAAAUGUGAUGGUUACAUCUUAGAAGCUAAGGAAUUAGAAUUCUACCAAAGAAGACUCCAAAAGAAGAAAUCUGCCAAAUAA